UUCACCAGCGCGUCUUUAUUUUUACGGAUAAGUUUCCAUUAUCAUCGACAUCCACCAUGAAUUUUGGUAAUCAAGCAAAACCCAGCGGCUUUGGAUUUGGAAGCGCAGCACCCACUUCAGCACCACUAUUCGGAGCCGCCUCAACGACACCCGCUGCCAACACGGGCAUGACCUUUGGUCAAAGUCCUGCACCAGCUACCUCCACGCCAGCUUCUAAUACUUUCUCAUUUGGCAAUACUACACCAGCAGCCUCGCCAUUUGGAGCCUCUACGCCAGCUCAGGGAACUGGAACAACUUUUAGCUUUGGCCAAACUCCUGCAAAUACUGCUUCUUCGGCACCCCAAGGCUUUGGGGCUUCCGCAGCACCCACCACUUCUGCACCUGCUUUCAACUUUGGUGGAUCUACCGCCUCUUCUAAUACACCAGCAGCGGCAACUGGUGGCUUCAGCUUCCCAACUGCUGCGAGCACUCCUGCUUCAGCACCUUCUUUCGGCGCCGCCUCUGCUGCAGCUACCUCUACUACUUCUUCGUUCUCAUUUGGUCAGCCCAACACAACCACCUCGAAUGCAGCUCCAUCUACAGGAAGCGGAUUCAGCUUUGGUCAACCUGCUGCCACAAGUGCUGCUUCCGGAGCUCUUGGAUCAGCAGCCCCUACGGCAGCAUCGUCAGCACCUGCAAAACCCGUCACUGUCCCAACGCCGUCAUCACUGAAGAACAAGACCAUGGAGGAGAUCUUGAACAAAUGGACAAAGGAAUUGGAUUCGUAUAGCGCUGAAUUCCAUCGGCAGGCUGUAGAAGUUGCUGAGUGGGACAGAGAGUUGAUCGAAAACGGUAGUAAGAUCUCCAACCUCAACAACGAUGUGAUUAAGACCGAAGCAUUGCAAGGCGAGAUAGACCAAAGCCUCUCGUAUAUCAAUGCACAGCAGGAAGAUCUCAGCAGCAUUCUGGAUGCUUAUGAGAAGCAAAUGAAGGAGGUGUUGGAUGAAAGUAAUUUGCAGCAGCCUAUGCAACCAGCAGAUAUACAACGCGAAAAGGCAUACUCUCUUGCUGAAGGCCUCAACAAACAACUUGACGACGUUAGCAGGAACUUGAAUAUCAUGAUUGAUGAAGUGAAUAAGAUGAAUGGAACUGAACAAUCAAUUGAUGAUAACGACACUGAGGAUAAUGUUUCACAAAUCGUUAAGAUUCUUAACGCCCAUUUGACCUCUUUGCAAUGGAUCGAUAGCACAACUAGCACGAUGCAGAACAAGAUUCAAGACAUUAGCAAGUUGCAGGACAAAAUCGAAAGAGACCAUGCACAAACCUUACUUCGAAGAUAGAUUCUGGCUUAACAAUAUCAAUAUCAGAUUCCUUGCAAUACCCCUUGCAGUAGUAAAUAAAAAAUGACAUGUGAACACCUCUAUA